AUGUCGACCCCAGCGAGCCGGAGGCAGUCAAGGGGAUCGAACGGUGCUCUUGGAAACGCCAUGAGAGUCGUAAAGCCAACGAGUGCUAGCAAUAGCCCGAGGAACAACCUCAUGCAGCAGCGUCGACGGACCAUGAUGAAUGAUCUUGUCUUGCAGCAGAGAGCUCAGCAAAUGUUGGACCAGCCGUAUUUGCCUACGCCCGGCCCGGAGGUCUUUGCCAACAAUUACUACGAGCCCGUCAAGAGGACAGCCCGGCCCGUCAGCUGGCACCCCUCCACACAACUACCUCAGACAUAUCAACUCUCGUCCUUGCCGGCUCAACAACAGCAGCAGCAGCAGCAGCAGCAGCAGCAGCAGUCUUUACAGUUUCCAUUCCCAAACUACUGUGACUACGACUUCAGCGCGCCUCCCGUGCAGAUGCCCCCCACACCUGCCGCCUAUUCAGCAUACAGCUCACCUAUCUCAAACUUCUCGCCGUUGGUACUGCCGUCCUACGCUCCCUACGAGAUGCCUCAGACACAGGCCUACGCCUCACCCGCCUGGGACCCUGCUGCUGCUGCGCCCGCUGCAGCCAGCAUGCCAUCUACGGGUCAUACCCAGACACCGGCCUUCAUCCCUGCCACGGUUUACACCCCAGCCUCUGUACCUGGCUAUGUUGAGCCCUCAUAUUCUCCAGCGUCGUGGAUGGACAUCCCAUCUACUGGUUACAGUGUCAACCUGACAACGCCGCCUACUCCGGAGGAUAUGCCCAAUAUUCAGCUCCCGGAACCGGUUGUGAUGAAGCAGGCAUCAGCUGUCUACCCGAAACCCGAAGUCAAGGACGAUGACUACGAUCAGCAGCAGCAGGAUGUGGAGAAUGACGGCGAGGACGGAGAGGAAGAAGAAGGAGAUAUCCUCAUCGGGCUGGGACUUUACGAUCCUCCAGAGAAGCUGGGACUUCUCGGCGCAUCCUUCGAGCCCACCGGCAAGGGACUAAGGCUGGAAGAUGCCUGGGAACCACCAGCGACGGAUGACGAGGAAGAGGAUGAAGAGGAAGAUGGUGAGGGGGAGGCGGACAGCGAUGAUGAGUGAGGGUUCUCUUCUUGAGGACCAAUCUCUAUGGACACUAUGAUUUACGAUUUUGCAUCAUUUGGUUUACGGAGUUCUCAAACUUGGGUAGCAUACGGGUCUAUGACCGGGUGGAGGGGAAGGGUUUUUUUUUUCUUCUUUAUUAUUUCGGUCACAAGGAAAAUUGGACUCGGUAUGAUACCCUGGGAUGGAAGGUAGAGAGGGAGCUGUAUACAACUACAACAAUAUACCACCAGCAACACUGCUGAACGUGUAGGACUUUUUGGUGAUUGAAAGAGAAAUUGAGAAACAUUCUGCAACAUGUCACAGUACCUGCAAGAAAGGAAGAAAAAAAAUCACAUGAGAGUG